AUGGAACUCACCUGGAGAGAAAACUUCCACUCCGUGGAAAUAAGGCUGAAAAAGGAAGGAAUCAGCGAAGGUGAACAGCGCAGCAAAAGCGUCUUCUCCGAUGUCAGAUGCAUUGAAGACCUGUCCACCUACGAUGAACACGUAGUUGAAGUGGAAAAGGCAAAGGACCUCCUCAUAUCAGACACGUACAUCAAAAUAAACCAGAAAAAUAAAGUCGUGAAUAUCGAUUUGUAUGACAAAAUAAGCAUAAACAAGGAACACGUACAGGUUAGAGAAAACACCCAAUUUAUUAUCCUAAAUUUGAAGAAAAAAGAAAACAAAUUAUGGGGACAUUUAAAUUACUUCAAUAUUUUCCUCCUAUACAAAAAUGCCACGUACCCAAAUUUGAUAAAAUGCACAAAGGAAGAAAAGAACAAAUUAAUUGCACAGGAGCAGAAAUUCAAAUCGGUAAUUAAUGAGAGAAGAAUAAAAAGUUUAGAUGAUCUAAAGAAAAUGCUCAAGAGAGAUAAAAACUCGCGAGACGAUUUUUUAAAGAAGCUGCAGGAUGAUGCGCAAAGGAUACAGUCCCAGCUGGAGGAACAAAAAAAUGAGAUGCUCAGAAACCAAAAGGAAGAAAUUCGAAAAAGAGCGGUCGAUUCAAUAUACCGAGAUUGUGAAGAAGACCAAAUGGAUAAACUCGAUCAGCAUGAUGAGGUAGACAGGGAAAAUCGCUCCAAUCCAAAUGUGGACAACCGUAACGAGCUGCAAAUCUCUGAAGAAAAGAAAUCGAAUGUUAUAAAUAGCCAAGCGGAAGAACUAGUCCAAGAUACUACAGGAAAAAACAAUCAUCUGGUUGUACCCUGCUCCGAUAUAGUUAAGAAAGAAGAACCUAAAGUACUACUACUGGCAGAUCGAGCAACACAAAAUAAGGUCAUCCAAUUGAAUUUUACCCAAAUGAAGAGGAACGAACUCCCUGCAAGGGAAUCCAGAAUGCUGAAACAGAAGCUACCCAGUUGUACGUCCACCAAGAAUUUCUUCCUCAUCGUUUUGAUAGAAAAGGCAAAGAAGCUCUACUUCAAGAAUUCCGAUUUUGUCAGUUGCUUGGAGACGCUCAAAUCGGUGUCCUCCUACCUGCUCAAUGGUCACGAACUAAGUAAGGAAGAACACAUAAAGGUGCUGAACAAUUGUUCCCUACUCCACCUGCUGACGAACAACCUGGAAGAAUGCAUCCGUGCAUGUGACAGCUGUUUGGACAUAAUAAAUGAAGAAGUAAAAUGUUACAAUGUGCAGGAUUCCGUUUUUGAGGAAAACAUGCCAAAGGAUGGAAACAGCAGUCAUAGGAAGACAUGGAACACGUUAGAAAAAAUAAAAUCACAAAACUAUGUUCAGUAUAUGUACAGCAUCUACACCAUUGUCAGUGCACGAAAAGUACUUGCGUUGAUUAAACAAGGGGAAGAGACAUGUUUAGAAAAUGUAGAAAAAAUUCACCUCUCCAUUGAAGAUAUAAAGAGAUAUUUACCAUACCACAUUUUGGUGGAUUUCCAAAAGGGAAUUGAAAACACGAGACUUUUCACCACCCUGCUGAGUGAAAUACGCACCCUCAACUUGGAAAACAUCCCCCACACGGACCAAGUAAAGCACAGACUAGCUUUAAUCAACAAACAUAUGGUAGGGGAGUAUUUUCGACACGACAUUAACUUCUGCUUCUUCUUCACCAUGAUCAGAUCGUUUAGUUUAAAGAACCUCAACAGAUAUUACGAAAACGUUGUAAACAUUAUGCUGUGUAUUUUUGUCCUCAUAGAAAAAGAACAGGAAAUUUAUUUGCACCUAAACAAUGUAGAACAUUGUGCAGCUUCGAUUUUCACACUUCUUCACGUAUACCAGUUUGUUCUUCUCAUUAAAAAUGAAAGCAGCUUUUGUGACAAAAUGGGAAAAAUGGACACCCUAGAUGUAGACUCCUUUGAAUGCCCUAAAAUGACAGACGAAAUUAUGCACAUUCUGACCAACUACUUGGUGGGAGAAUACACCGACUUGGAUUUUAUUCUUCAGAGUAACCUGUGCUUGCAGGGGAUCCUCCGCGCAGUCUGUCACGAUAGAAGUGAUACACUCCAAGGAGAAGCGCUGCAGAAACGUUAUGAAAUCACUCAGAAGGAAGACGAACUCCCAAUUGAACAACAUACAAUGGACGCAUACCAAGAAAAGGAACAACUCUUCCCCCUUAGGGACAUCCUCUUACAGAAAAUCCCCUACAAAAUGAAAAAGGCCGAAAAAAUCGUCAAACAUUUCUGUAGAACAAAUGCACACACAUACAAUCAUGUGAAGGUAGAACUCUUUGCAAAUGUGACAGAGUACCUGAACGUGAAGCAGAAAUGUGAGUUGCUCAAAAUAGACAUUGUCACAAAAAUGAUAAAGUCCAUGUGCUACACGCUAAAUAUAAUACAAAAAAUGUAUAAGGAAAAUGAAAAAAAAAAGACGCAACUAAAGAAAGUUAUCUACACCUUACUAAUUGAUUUAUCAUGGAGCAUCCAUAAUAUUAACCCUUCCUCUGAAGAAACGGAAAAUGUGGUUAGUCUGUUGCUUCUCUACUUUUGCUUUUCCUUUAUUUAUAAUUAUCCCAAGAAUGAAUUCAUCAUCGACACGCAUUACAAAAGACCCAACGAGGAGGCUCAUUCGAAGUACCUCUCCCUGAAUGAUGCAGCACAAGAGGGAAAAACAUUUUCCAAAGACAAGUUAAAAAGCAUACUAGAGAAAACAUGCAGCAUUUUGCUGCUAUGUUCUCAGUACUAUUCCCCCUCCUUAUCAAAUUUUAGCCUUCCUUACAUAUGCGAAUUGCGCACUAUUUUUAACUCAUCCUUUUUCGAAACAAAUGAGCAAAGAAAAGUUACACCAAAUAAGAACCUCACGAUCGCAUCAAGAAAAAAUUUGCAGAAAAGCGUAUCCCAUUUUACCGAUGCAGCGUCGCUCACAUUUAAGAAUGCAAAACGAGCCCACUUUUUACAGUCACUUCAAGAUGGUGACAUGCAAAAAGCGCUAGUGCCUUACAUUCAAACUGUCCUACGUAGACUUAAAAAGGUUAAAAUAGUCCAAACCAUUUCUACCUCUCUACAUCGCAUACACGCGGAUGGGAAUAUUCAAGCAAACAUUCGGGACGUCCUUCUAAUCUAUUUGGACAACCUCUCCGUUGACUUCCACAUUUUGAACCGCGUCUUUCACUUCUGCCACCAAGAGGACCUAUAUCCCCCCUUACUCCUUAAGGAGAAAGCGACAAAAAACCUUACAAAUUUUAGUGACAUUUCCUGUUGCGUCAAAUCGAGAGACCUCCUUCCGAACGUUGAGGAAUAUAAGCAUGUGCUUAAUCACUAUUACAAGAAAUUCUUAAGAACAAAAAUUUUCCUCCUAAGUGGUGAAUGUGCUCUCUGCGUGUGA